AGAUAAUAUCCAGGAGGUUAUCACAAAAGUUCUAUCCAUUUUCUGGUGUGUUUUCAUAUAUUUUAUUUAAGCGUAACAGAAUACUUACGAGUUUAUGUUCAUAUUUAAAAAUUAAAGUAAGCGUAAGUACGAGUACUUAGAGCAUAGUGUGUUUGUGGACAUGCUUGGUACAGUCAGAAAGCAAUGAAGCAAUUAAUAAUAAUCCUUUUGGCGAUUACUAUAGUAAAAGUGACCAGUCAGAAAGACUGGAUAGUUUUAAUAAAUCCCGUAGUCGGAUUUCCUGCCUGUAAUGAUAGCAAUAGUGACAUUUUCAUUGACUAUGAACCUGGUCUUCCUCCAGAAGAAGAAAAUAAAUACAACCUUAGUAUAAGCAAACAGUUUCCAUUACAUACUAGUAUAAUAGUAAAAUUCGACUCUGAUGCAAGCAUUACUUUGCAAGAUCGAAGCUAUGCAAGAGUUAAUGUCAACCCAGAUAACUCAUUUUAUAUUCGGUUUUUUAAAGCACACGAUGGUAUUGCAUUUACUGUAAGGGGCCUUAUAUUAGGAAUUGUUCCUUAUUUAACAAGCGUCGUAAUUAAUUCAAAGGAAUAUUGCAGCAGGCCGGAAGUGGGAGUUCUUGACUCAUACAUACUAGGAUUUAAAGAUACGGCAGAGAGUCUAGAUAGAAAGCCAAAAAAUCAUUGUGGUAGACGACAAGUAACACACACAGAGUUGAUUGUCAAUGGAGCCACAACAAAACCAGGAGAUUGGCCUUGGCAUGUCGCGCUAUACAGAAUUGAUCAUUCAAUUAUUAAAUACAUCUGUGGUGGAACGCUUAUUUCUAAAUACCAUGUGUUAACAGCUGCACAUUGUACUACAAUAAGAGGCAUCUCAGUGCUGCCAGAAUCUGUCAGUGUUAUUCUUGGGAAAUUCAAUUUAAUUGGAGGAGACACUGAAUCCCAAGAAAGAGAAGUAUACAGUAUAAUUGUUCACGAUCAGUUUGAUCACAGACGUUUAGAGAAUGAUAUAGCUUUAGUUGAACUGAAAACUGAAGCAGUAUUUAACGAUUACAUACAACCAGCGUGCUUAUGGUAUCCGAAAGCUGUUGACAGUCUGCCGGGAACAGAAAUAUUUGGAACGAUUGUAGGAUGGGGAUUCGAAAACACAGACAACUUAGCACCUCAGCUUCGAAAAGCCAAAAUGCCCAUAGUAUCAGAGAGCACAUGUAUAAAAAGAAAUCCUCUUUUCUACUCAAAGCUUCUCAAAAAUAAUAACAAAUUCUGUGCCGGCUAUAGGAAUGGAACAUCAGCAUGCAACGGCGACAGUGGAAGCGCGUUCCAAGUAUUCCUUCCAGAUAACGCAAAGGACGACAAUCCUGACGCUGUCGGUGCUUGGUAUGUACGAGGAAUCGUGUCUGUCACGUUGUCAAGAGUUGAUGCAGCCAUAUGCAAUCCAGAAGAAUACGUAGUUUUCACAGACGUUGAAAAAUAUAACACUUGGAUCGAGAACCAUAUUAAAAAUAAAUGCAUAAUGAAGAAAGUGAUAUUAACUUUACUGUUCCUAUGUUACAUAGAGGUUAAAUGUGUAGAAGAGUCUAAAAUUGUUGUUCCCAUAUAUGAUACUGAGCCCUGUGAUGAUUCCGAUGAUAUCAAGAUUUCCUACGACUCUGAUGUAGAAGAAGGAAACCAAUAUCUUCUAACAGUAAAUAAAACAGUAACAAAGAACAUGAAAAUGAUUCUUACUUUUGAUUCUGACUGCAUUGUUACUUUGAAGGAUAAAAGCUUUGCAAGGAUUUUUCCGAGGAAAAAAAAUACUUUUGAUGUAAGGGUUUUCAAAUUGAAUAAUGGAAUUGAAUUCAUUGUAAAAGGACAAGUACCGAGAACUGUACCACAAUUAAAAAGUGUGGUUAUGAACACAAAAGAAUUUUGCAAACAGCCAAAACCGAGAUACCUUGAUGGUACUUCUUGGGAUAACAAAGAUUAUUCUGGAAGCGUGAUUAAGGAGUCUAAAACGACCUGUGGAAGGCGAAAAGUACCAAAGACUAAGUCCUCAUACAAUGCUGCCUCUACAAAGCCAGGCGACUGGCCGUGGCAUGCGGCGGUAUAUAAGCACGAUAACACAGAAAUUAAGUACACCUGCGGUGGAACCCUGAUUUCAAAUAAAUUUGUAUUAACUGCUGCUCAAUGCACGUCUUCGGAAGGUACAUCACUUGUACCUGAAACUCUGAGCGUGUUCCUUGGAAAAUUUAAUUUAAUAGGAGGAGAUGAAGGAUCACAACAAAGAGUGGUGAAACAAAUAAUUAUGCACGAAAACUUCCGAUACCAGAAUUUAGAAAACGAUAUAUCAUUACUUAAACUGAAGACUGAUGUAGUUUUUAGUGACUAUGUACAACCUGCGUGCUUAUGGUACAACAAAGCACUUAAUAUUCAGUCGAGAGGUGAACUUUUUGGAACAGUAGUAGGAUGGGGUUUCGACACUACUGACUCUUGGUCACCGCACCUUCAACAAAUUCAGAUACCCAUGGUACCUGAAGGCAAAUGUUUGCAGAGUAACCCUCUCGUGUACUCCACUUAUCUUAACAGUAAUAAGUUUUGCGCUGGUUAUGGAGUGAGGGAUGAAAAGACACGCGGCUUUCCGGGACAAGAAACACCAAACUGCAAUGGCGACAGUGGCAGUGCCUUCCAAAUCUUCAUUCCGGAUAAUGCAAGAGAUAAAACUACUGACGCUUCUGGUGCAUGGUACGUCAGGGGAAUAGUUUCUUUAACUGUUUCUCGGCCUGACUCACCAUCGUGUGACCCACAACAGUACGUCGUGUUCACUGAUGUGGCGAAGUAUGGAGACUGGAUAGAUUCCCAUCUGAAAUAUUAAGAUUAAAUUACUAGUAUUAGAACCAAGAGCAAUCUCUUCUACCAUUAUUAUCGUCUAAGCAAACUGCAUUUUAAUUUCAAGAUAGUUUACCUAUGUAAUCGAGAUCAGUAAUAUCAAUGUUAGAUCAUAUUUUUAAGUAUAUCUAAUUGUAAUUUUUACAAAGAUGUGUGUGCAUUUAUAUUA